AUGCAGUGGUUGAGAUUCGGCCAGUGGAAGCCCGCGGAAGGCUACAAUGUUGAGCACAUCACGGCGUUUGUGCGGGCGGCCGAGAACCGCAGAUCGCCGCUGAUUCUGCAGUUGUUUCCUUCAUCGCUCGAGCUAACCCCGUCGCUAAUCCACGCGGCUGCCGCUACAGCAAAAAGCGCCUCGGUGCCGGUCUCAGUCCGUCUCGAUCAUGCGCAGGAUUGGGAGCAGAUCCAAUAUGUCGCGGACAAUCUUCCAUUCGAUUCCAUCAUGGUGGACAUGAGUCAUUACGAGAAGGAAGAGAACCUCGCCAAGACCAGGGCGCUGCGAGAAUAUUGUCACGGGCGGGGAAUCGCGGUCGAGGCCGAGACCGGGCGCAUCGAAGGAGGAGAGGAUGGGAUUGUGGGAACGGGCGACCUAGAGGGGAUUUCCACCACCUCAGAAGAUGUGGGACAGUUCCUCGACGCUGGCGUUGAUCUUCUGGCUCCCAACGUGGGAAACCUGCAUGGGGAUUAUGGGCCAAGGGGGCCACAGUUGGACAUGAAUCGGCUCCAUCAGCUGUGUCGAGCCUGCGUCGAGGUGGGAGUCACUAAGUUCAAUGUCAACAAGCUGGUGCUGGAUCCCUGGCAUGAGCAUCCUCGGAGGAAUGUGAACAAACCGUUGACGCAGUUGAUGGGGGAAGGGAUUGAGGUGUUGACGAGGGAGAUGGAGAAGUGGAUGGAUGUGGUGGGAAGCAGCGGCAUGGCUGACACGGCAGGCGCGACCGCGACGCCUUAG